AAGAGAGAGAGAUUUUCUAGCCGCGCGCGAGAGGUACCCUUUGUCUGACAAACCCUGCUAGGGAAGCCUCUCCUAGCAGCCCGGUGGUUCCCACCUCCAAGCGUCUGCCGAGCGGCUAGGUGGAGCCCGCGCCAAGGAGCCCUCGCGGACUCCAGAUCCGGGUUUUGCUGGCCGCCCCUUUCCCCUGCUCGAGCCCCCCUCCCCGGUCCUCCGAGCUCUCGCCUCUCGGCCGCCGGUGGCUCAUUCUGGCCUGGGCUGUGUUGGCCGCCGCGCAAGGGCUGCCUCUCCGCGCGUCGCCCCUCCGUCUGCUCGGCUCGCACCGCUAGCUCCAGUUCCCAGGAGCGGGGAUGCAGAUGCCGCGGCCGGGCCGGGAGGGCGCCGCCACCGCCACCAGCAUCUCUGGGACUGCGCGCUGCCGCCGCUCCCCCAGCUGCCGCCGCCGCCUGUGACUCGCCCCCUCCCCUUUCUUUCUUCUCUGUCUCUUUUUAUUUUUUUAUUUAUUUUUGGACUCAGUCCUCUUCCCCUGGGUGUGCGCGCGCUGCUUGCAAGGUCUGCCUGGGCAGGAGCGCGCGCGUGUGUGCAUGUCUGGAGAGCUCCGGAGCCUCACUCGCUCCGGGGGAGUCCAGAAGAGACAAGGACCGCGGCGGUGACCCGGACGGCGGCGGCGACUCGGAGCUCCGGCCGCGCGAUGAAGCUCCCGCAUGCCCGCAGCUACCCGGCCGGCCCGGCGAGCUGAGCGGCCACCUCCGGGGCUCGGGGCUCACCAGCCCCCGGCACUCAGCCCUCGGCGGCCGGGCGCCCGCUCUGCCCGCGCGUCCCGGCAGUGCACCCGGCGAGGAGUUUCCGUGGCUCGAGCCCCGCUCCCGGGGCGGGUGGCCGGCUCCAGAGCAGACCCUCGACUUCCAGAGCACCUCCGGGGCAGCAGGAGGACGACAAGGAGGGCUGGGUGGGGAAGCCACCCCUGUCCCUCGCCGCUGCCCCUACCUAUUCCCUCCCUCCCGCUCGGAGGCGGAAAGGGGAGGACGAGGAAGAAGAAGAAAAAGAAAGAGAAGGGGGGUGGGGUGGGAGAACUGGAUAUAAAGAUCGGCUGGGGGGGGGAUGGUGGAAGAUUUUUGGUCUCCUCAGCAGCGUCUUUUCUUAACUGGCGGUGGCGGCGGCAGCAGCAGCCAGAGGAGGAGAGGCAGCUCCAGCUAUGACUGCCGCAUGUUAAUAGCUCUCGCUUGGGUCCGCCGGCUGCUGGAGACAGAGCCUGACUCCGAAGUUGUGCAACUGUGCUCUCGGAGAGACAUUUGAACCCUCCUUCUCUUUGCUCCGCAUUUGCCCCUUAGGGCGUGUGAAGAGAGGAAACCUAAAGGAAGACGAGCAUUUGGCUUCCCCCCCGGCUUCUCCUCUCCAUGGCUGUGUAGCGGAAGAAAGAAAAGAGACACUUUUUUGUUGUUGUUUCCUCGACUGGGUUCUCCACCCUCCUGCGGUCUCUGCGUUUUGAUUAUGGUUCUUUGCCUCUUGUGGCUUGAGGUGUCUUCACUGGGGCCCGGUCCAUCUUCUUUAUUUUUAUAAUUUUUUUUUUUUUUUGCCCGGGGGCUCAAUGGUUGGAUUGUGGAAAACUGCACCGGGUUGCAGGUUGUUGAGCAACUGAUGGGACCAUCUCAUGGACCGGUGGUUACGAAAGAUGCUGACAUGAAGAGCUGCUCUGAGAACUGAAAUGUUGAAUUCAGUAUGUCAGAGAAGAAAAACAUGGAUUUUUAGCAAUCGAAGAGCAAAUUAAGCUUGCAUAGUAUCCUCUAGACCUGUGAGAACUAUUCUUCAAGGAAGAGGUUUCCAGGUGUCAGAUUUGGGAUAUCAGUGUUUGUUUUGAGGAAUUUUUCUUUCUCUUUUUAAGUUUUUUCCCCCAUAAUUGUUGACAUUGGAAUACAGAAGAGGGAUUGGAAAUUUACUCAUUUCGCUUCUCUUCCACUUCUGAACACUCAUUCUUGAGGAACUCAUGCCCCAGCACACAGCCAUGUGGUCGCCACAGCUCCUAAUCUUCAUGAUGCUCUUAGCACCACUAGUUCAUGGUGGCAAGCACACUGAACGACAUCCAGCCCUUCCUGCCACACUGCGACAUGCCGAGCGCAGCCCAGGAGGCGCUCUACCUCCCAGACAUCUCCUUCAGCAGCCCGCUGCCGAACGUGCCACAGCUCAUCGCGGACAAGGGCCCCGUGGAGCUGCCAGAGGAGUUCGUGGACCGGGUGCCCCAGGAGCACAGAUUGCAGCCCAAGCUUUCAGCCGCGCCCCAAUUCCCAUGGCAGUGGUCCGCAGAGAGCUCUCCUGUGAGAGUUAUCCCAUAGAGCUCCGCUGUCCUGGUACAGAUGUCAUCAUGAUUGAGAGUGCCAACUACGGGAGGACGGAUGACAAGAUCUGUGACUCCGAUCCUGCUCAGAUGGAGAACAUCCGAUGCUACCUGCCAGAUGCCUAUAAGAUUAUGUCUCAAAGAUGCAAUAACAGAACCCAGUGUGCAGUGGUGGCGGGUCCUGACGUCUUUCCAGACCCAUGUCCAGGAACCUACAAAUACCUUGAAGUGCAGUAUGAAUGUGUCCCUUAUAAAGUGGAACAAAAAGUUUUUCUUUGUCCUGGACUACUAAGAGGAGUAUACCAGAGUGAACACUUGUUUGAAUCUGACCACCAAUCUGGGGCAUGGUGCAAAGACCCUCUGCAGGCUUCUGACAAGAUUUAUUAUAUGCCCUGGACCCCUUACAGAACUGAUACCCUGACUGAGUAUUCAUCCAAAGAUGACUUCAUUGCUGGAAGGCCAACGACGACCUACAAGCUGCCUCACAGGGUGGAUGGUACUGGAUUUGUAGUGUAUGAUGGCGCUCUCUUCUUCAAUAAAGAGCGCACCAGGAACAUAGUCAAGUUUGAUUUGCGGACUAGGAUAAAGAGUGGAGAGGCAAUCAUAGCAAAUGCCAAUUACCAUGAUACCUCCCCUUACAGAUGGGGUGGCAAAUCUGACAUAGACCUGGCAGUGGAUGAAAACGGGCUAUGGGUAAUCUAUGCAACAGAACAGAACAAUGGCAAAAUUGUCAUUAGCCAAUUGAACCCUUACACCCUACGGAUUGAAGGGACAUGGGAUACUGCCUAUGAUAAAAGGUCAGCUUCCAAUGCAUUUAUGAUUUGUGGGAUUCUGUAUGUGGUCAAAUCUGUAUAUGAGGAUGAUGACAAUGAGGCCACCGGAAAUAAGAUUGACUACAUUUAUAACACCGACCAAAGCAAGGAUAGUUUGGUGGAUGUACCCUUUCCCAAUUCAUACCAGUAUAUAGCAGCUGUGGAUUACAACCCCAGGGACAACCUACUUUAUGUGUGGAAUAACUAUCAUGUUGUGAAGUACUCUUUGGACUUUGGACCUCUGGAUAGUAGAUCAGGACUGGUGCAUCAUGGACAGGUAUCGUACAUCUCUCCUCCGAUUCACCUUGACUCUGAGCUAGAAAGACCCCCUGUUAGAGGUAUCUCUACCACAGGACCUCCAGGCAUGGGAAGCACCACCACGACAGGCACCACCCUUCGGACCACAGUCUGGAGCGCAGGGAGGAGCACUACCCCAUCCGUGCCGGGCAGAAGAAAUCGCAGUACCAGUACACCAUCCCCAGCAGUGGAGAUAUUGGAUGACAUUACCACACACCUGUCAUCCACAUCCUCCCAAAUCCCAGCUCUGGAAGAGAGCUGUGAGGCUGUGGAAGCCCGAGAAAUCAUGUGGUUUAAGACCCGUCAGGGACAAGUAGCAAAGCAACCCUGCCCUCCAGGAACCAUUGGUGUAUCAACUUACCUAUGCCUUGCUCCUGAUGGAAUCUGGGAUCCCCAAGGACCAGAUCUCAGCAACUGCUCUUCUCCUUGGGUCAACCAUAUAACACAGAAGCUGAAAUCUGGAGAAACAGCUGCCAAUAUUGCCAGGGAGCUGGCUGAGCAGACCAGAAAUCAUUUGAACGCUGGGGACAUCACCUACUCAGUCCGUGCCAUGGACCAGCUGGUUGGCCUCUUGGAUGUACAACUCAGGAACUUGACACCAGGUGGAAAAGACAGUGCAGCCCGCAGCCUAAACAAGCUUCAGAAAAGAGAGCGCUCUUGCAGAGCCUAUGUCCAGGCAAUGGUUGAGACAGUUAACAACCUCCUUCAGCCACAAGCUCUGAACGCUUGGAGAGACCUGACUACAAGCGAUCAACUACGUGCUGCCACCAUGUUGCUUGACACUGUGGAGGAGAGUGCUUUCGUGCUGGCUGAUAACCUUUUGAAGACUGACAUUGUCAGAGAGAACACAGACAAUAUUCAAUUAGAAGUUGCAAGGCUGAGCACUGAAGGAAACCUAGAAGAUCUAAAAUUUCCAGAAAACAUGGGCCAUGGGAGUACUAUCCAGCUUUCUGCAAACACAUUAAAGCAAAAUGGCCGGAAUGGAGAGAUUAGAGUAGCCUUUGUCCUAUAUAACAACUUGGGUCCUUAUUUGUCCACGGAGAAUGCCAGUAUGAAGUUGGGAACAGAGGCUAUGUCCACAAAUCAUUCUGUCAUCGUCAAUUCUCCUGUUAUUACAGCGGCAAUAAAUAAGGAAUUCAGUAACAAGGUUUAUUUGGCUGAUCCUGUAGUGUUUACUGUUAAACAUAUUAAGCAGUCAGAGGAAAAUUUCAACCCUAACUGUUCAUUUUGGAGCUACUCCAAGCGCACAAUGACAGGUUAUUGGUCAACACAAGGCUGUCGGCUCCUGACAACAAAUAAGACACAUACCACCUGCUCCUGUAACCACCUCACCAAUUUUGCAGUACUGAUGGCACAUGUGGAGGUUAAGCACAGUGAUGCGGUCCAUGACCUCCUUCUGGAUGUGAUCACAUGGGUUGGAAUUUUGCUGUCCCUUGUUUGUCUCCUGAUUUGCAUCUUCACGUUUUGCUUUUUCCGUGGGCUCCAGAGUGACCGCAAUACCAUCCACAAGAACCUCUGCAUCAGCCUGUUUGUGGCAGAGCUGCUCUUUCUUAUUGGAAUCAACCGAACGGACCAACCGAUCGCCUGUGCGGUGUUUGCUGCGCUCUUACACUUUUUCUUUUUGGCGGCCUUCACUUGGAUGUUCCUAGAGGGAGUGCAGCUCUACAUCAUGCUGGUGGAGGUUUUUGAGAGCGAGCAUUCACGUAGGAAGUACUUUUAUCUGGUCGGCUACGGGAUGCCUGCACUCAUCGUGGCCGUGUCAGCGGCAGUGGACUACAGGAGUUAUGGAACAGACAAAGUAUGUUGGCUUCGGCUUGACACCUACUUCAUUUGGAGUUUUAUAGGACCAGCGACCUUGAUAAUUAUGCUGAAUGUAAUCUUCCUUGGGAUUGCUUUAUACAAAAUGUUUCAUCAUACUGCCAUACUGAAACCUGAAUCAGGCUGUCUUGAUAAUAUCAACUAUGAGGAUAACAGACCCUUCAUCAAGUCAUGGGUUAUAGGUGCAAUAGCUCUUCUCUGCCUGUUAGGAUUGACCUGGGCCUUUGGACUCAUGUAUAUUAAUGAAAGCACAGUCAUCAUGGCGUAUCUCUUCACCAUUUUCAAUUCUCUGCAGGGAAUGUUUAUAUUCAUUUUCCAUUGUGUCCUACAGAAGAAGGUACGAAAAGAGUAUGGAAAAUGCUUGCGCACACAUUGUUGUAGUGGCAAAAGUACAGAGAGUUCCAUUGGCUCAGGGAAAACAUCUGGUUCUCGAACUCCUGGACGAUACUCGACAGGCUCACAGAGCCGGAUCCGGAGAAUGUGGAAUGACACCGUUAGAAAGCAGUCAGAGUCGUCGUUCAUUACUGGAGAUAUAAACAGCUCAGCAUCACUCAACAGAGGAGCCAUGGCUAAUCAUCUUAUAAGCAAUGCUCUGCUUCGUCCGCAUGGUACUAACAAUCCCUAUAAUACAUUGCUUGGGGAACCGGCGGUCUGUAACAACCCUUCUGUCAGCAUGUACAACGCACAAGAGCCCUACAGAGAGACAAAGGGGCUUCUGAACAAUGCCAGGGAUACAAGUGUCAUGGAUACUCUACCACUGAAUGGUAACCAUGGCAACAGUUACAGCAUUGCUGGCGGCGAAUACCUGAGCAACUGUGUGCAAAUAAUAGACCGUGGCUAUAACCACGAGACCGCCCUAGAGAAAAAGAUUCUAAAGGAACUCACUUCCAACUACAUCCCUUCAUACCUGAACAACCACGAGCGCUCCAGCGAACAGAACAGGAAUCUGAUGAACAAGCUGGUCAACAACCUGGGCAGUGGGAGUGAAGAUGACGCCAUCGUCUUGGAUGAUGCUGCGUCCUUUAACCACGAGGAGAGUUUGGGCCUGGAACUCAUUCACGAGGAAUCUGAUGCUCCCUUGCUGCCCCCGAGGGUUUACUCCACAGACAACCACCAGCCACAUCAUUAUAGCAGAAGGCGGAUCCCCCAGGACCACAGCGAGAGCUUCUUCCCUUUGCUAACCGACGAGCACACAGAAGACCUGCAGUCUCUGCACAGGGACUCUCUGUACACCAGCAUGCCGGCCCUGGCCGGUGUGCCAGCUGCAGACAGCGUGACCACCAGCACCCAGACCGAACCCGCAGCGGCCAAGGGUGCUGACGCAGAAGACGUUUACUACAAAAGCAUGCCAAACCUGGGCUCCAGAAACCACGUGCAUCCACUGCACGCCUACUACCAGCUGGGGCGCGGCAGCAGCGACGGGUUCAUAGUUCCUCCCAACAAAGAGGGGACAUCUCCGGAGGGGACUUCGAAAGGACCUGCGCAUUUGGUUACUAGUCUAUAGAAGAUGACACGGAAAUGGCAACCAACGAGACUGCUAACACCUUGUGGACCGUUCUGAGCUGAUAUAAGCAGUGGUAAUCGUGUGUACUCCUAAAUCUUUAUGCUGUUCUCAAAAGACAACACAGACUCUUUUUUUUUUUUUUUAACUUGGAUUUUUAGGUCAGCCCAGGGGAGAGAGAUAACUGCUGAUAUUCCCCAGUGCCCUGUCCUUUCCCAUCCUUUCCCCUCAGAUGGAGACUUCAUUAUGUUAAUGAACGAGAUAUGAAGAAAAUGGCGCUCAUUGUGGCCUUGUUGAAUUAUGUUGUGUUUGUUUUAACAUCUCUGAUGCUCUGUUACUAGAAUCACAAGGACCUGAUUUUUUUUAAAGGCCAGAACAGUUGUUUGAAAUUAGUAACAAUGCUGCAUCUAGAUUUGGAGGGCUGCACAAACAGAAGCAGCUAAACGAAGUGGUUUAUGGUCACUCACAACCUGAAUUUUCCACAGCGGGAAUAGCUGUGCAAGACAAAACAAGAAAAUUAAUAAUCAAACGGAGGGGGAUUCUAGAAUUAUAUGCUAAAUGCAUAUUUUAUGAUUUACUGUAUUAACUGAUGAUAAAACUAAUGGCAGAAAAAAAAAUUGAACAAUUUCUAUGUCAUGUACAGAUACUAGCAUCGCGCAUAUAGUCCGCUUUCUGUUCCUCCAGAAUUUGAGUCCUGUUAAUGUAGUGGGAAAAAAAAAAAAAAA